AUGGUCCAGCACGAUUCUCCGGUGGUCACACCGAACCCAGAAAAACUGGACGAAAAGGUACGCGCAGAGUAUGUGGGCAACAUAGAACCACAAGAUGUAUCUCUAAAGUACACAGAUCCAAACGGUUUUGACGACAGCAAGGCAUCAGAGUCAGAGUCUGAACAGGCGGUGCCAGUGAAGCCCAAAUCGAUAUUCGAGACGCGGGAGCAAAUUCCGGACUCACUGGCGCACCUGACGACGGAGGAGCUGGAAAAACUCGCGAGCAAAACGAGGCUUCGGAUGGACUUCCGCAUCUUGAUCAUGCUCUGUUGGAUCUAUAUCUGCAACCAGCUGGACCGCACCAAUAUUGCUUCGGCCCGGCUCGGCGGGUUGGAGGAAGACUUGAAACUGACGUCUCUGCAGUACCAGACCGCCGUGUCGAUUUUAUUUGUGGGAUACACGAUCUUCCAGGUGCCCUCGAACAUCGUGCUCAACCGGCUGGGCAAGCCGCGGCUGUUCAUCAGCGUGCUGAUGACUCUAUGGGGCGGGAUCUCGGCCUGCUGCGCGGCAGCGCACUCCUUUGCCUCGCUGGCGGUCCUCCGCGUGCUAAUAGGCGUGGUGGAGUCCGGGUUCUUUGUAUGCUGCCUCUACUACCUGUCCUGCUGGUACACCAAGAAGGAGCUGACCUUCAGGAACGCGAUUCUGUUCAGUGGCUCGUUGCUGAGCGGCGCGCUCUCUGGGCUGCUGUCCUCUGCCAUCAUUCGGGGCAUGGAAGGCGUGGGUGGCCUGCAGCCAUGGAGAUGGUGCUUUCUCUUGGAAGGCCUCCUCACAGUCGUGACUGUGCCGUUCUCCUACAUCGUGCUGCCCGACAACCCCUCGAACACGCGCUUUCUCUCGCAGAUGGAGAAGGACAUUGUGAUUUGGAAGCUGAAGAUGGACGUCGGAGAGUACGACGACGACGAGGCCGUGCUGCACGAGCACAACAACUACCGCUUUGCCUUGAAGCUGGCGGUGCGCGACCCCAAGGUUUGGCUGAUCGCGGGCACAGUCAGCUGCCUCGUGGCCAGCUCCGGUGUGCAGAACUUCUACCCUAGUGUCGUGGAGACCCUGAACUACAGCCGCACCAAGACGCUGUUGCUGACUGCCCCGCCGUUCUUUAUCGCAAUGAUCUGUACGUGGUGCUGGGCCCGCCACUCUGACAUCACCCAAGAGCGCUUCUUCCACAUGCUGAUCCCCGUCCCUGUAGCCAUCAUGACCUACCUCGUCGCCAUGCUGUCCACCAAGACGGCGCCGCGCUACUUCGCGAUGUGCCUGAUGCCCGCCAGUAUCUACUCGAGCUACAUUAUCUGCAUUUCCUGGAUCUCGCACAUCGUCCCGCGGCCCCCGCUCAAGCGGGCCGUGUCGCUCGCCAUGAUGAACACUGUGGCCAACGUCAUGCUGAUCUGGAACGGCUUCCUGUACCCCAAGCACAGCGCACCCAGCUACAGAAUCGCCAUGUCCUUCAACAUCUGCGCAGAGUGUCUGGCUGUGAUUUUCGCCCUCACCCUCCGGCUCUACUUGAUCAGGCUCAACAAGAAGAUCGCUGCGGGGACCAUGGACUGGCACAAGGAGAUGGGCGCGGACGGCCGCAACAUCAACAAGAGCUUCCGCUUCAUGUUCUGA